AUGCACCUCUGCCUCGAAGGCGUCGGACAUCUUGUCGUCGGAACCGAGGAGCCUCCCAAUGAUCCCGGACUCACCCCGACAUCUCUGGACCACGUCCAAGCCUUCAGGAACUGGAAGCGGUUAGACCUGCUGAUCUGUUGGGAGAUUAGAGCAACGCUUGCAGAACAUAUCCAAGUUGGUCUAGAUAGGUCAAUGGGUUGUCGGGAGUUGUAUAGCUAUUUGGUGAAGCAGUAUCGUCCCGAAGGAAGUGUUUGGAUCAGUGCCUUUGUAAGGCAAUUUCAGGGGUUGAAGCUCGAGGACUUUGAGUCAGUGAGGGCAUACGCGUACCGAUUUACGUAUUUGCAGCGACAGCUGAGAACAGCGCAUGAGGAUGCGGUUCUGCCGCAGUGGUAUGUCAAUGCGUUGUUUUUGGAUGGGCUUACGCAUGAGUAUCGGGAUUUAAGGGUGGGUCUUGAGAUGGAUGAUAGGGUUACGAAUCCUGUUGAUACGAUGUCUUGGAUUCAACUCACCGAGAUGGCGGGUAAGGUUGAAGAGACAUUGCGGAGGAAUAAAAGGGGGUUGUGA